ACUCCAAAAUCCUCAUUGAAACUCUGCUGCAACUUCUUCUUCCUUUUUUAUCCCCAAAAUAUUCUCAAUAGAUUUCAUCUAAAAUUCAGUACACUCAGAUACGCUUUAUGAUUUAUCUUUAGUUUUACAAGUGAUCAUUUUCUUUUUAUAAAACCGAAAUUCACCCAAAACACAAAAUCCACUGUUUCUGUAGCAAGUCUCUGUUUUUCUUUUGUCCUUUCUAGGUCGUUCUUGUAUCUAGCUUUUUCAAAAUUUCCAGAACAAGUAAAUCUCUGGGUGUUGAGGAUCAUACAGUCGAGAAAAGGUUACCAUAUUGGAAAAUUCUGUAAGAAAUAUUACAAAUUUACUUAACUUUCUCUGAUUCUGAAAGAUUACAAAUUACUUAACUUUUUGUGAUUUUCUGAGAGAAUUAAAUUGUCAAUGUAAGAAACCUAAAACAGAGAGGCCGAGACAGAAAAUGUGGUGGUGGUCAUCACCGUCGACGAAAGUCCGAUCAAAUCUGGAGAGGUUUCUCAGAGGAAUAACUUUAAAGCCUCCUUCUUUCUCUCUAUCUCAGAGCUGCGAGAAUAAUUUGAAUAGUCUGUGGAUACAACCGAGCAGAGACAAGAUUGAGUUUUACAGGCUUAGUGAUCUUUGGGACUGUUUUGAUGAGCUAAGCGCGUAUGGACUUGGAUCAAAAGUCGAUUUAAACAAUGGCGAAUCCGUUAUGCAAUACUACGUCCCGUAUCUAUCCGCCAUUCAAAUAUAUACUAGUAAAUCGACAGCCAUUUCCAGUUUUGACAAAAUGUGGAACCAGAGUGAGGUGGUUGACUGUGAGAGUGAAUGUUGGAGUGAUGAUAGUGAGAUUGAGAAGUUGUCAAGGUCAAUGAGCAGUGGUUCUAGCAAAAUAUGGGAUUAUGUUUCUGAUGAUUCCGGUUAUGAAAUCGAUGGCAAUCCUUCGUUGAUGCGAGAUAAGCUCGGUUACAUUGAGUUUCAGUACUUUGAGUCAGUUAAACCGCACUUGAGGGUUCCUCUUACCGCCAAGGUAAAUGAAUUGGCUGAGAAGUAUCCGGGACUUUUUACUCUAAGGAGUGUUGAUUUGUCUCCCGCAAGUUGGAUGGCCAUUGCUUGGUAUCCGAUAUACCAUAUUCCAUCUUGGAAGACCGAUACAGACUUAUCAACGUGUUUCUUGAGUUAUCAUACACUAUCUUCGGCCUUCCAAGGUGAUUUAGUUGAGGGAGACGAUAACAAAAUCAUGGAAGAAGAAACAUUGUGUAGUGAUAAUGAACCUGUGACCAAGAGACUUCCUCUGGCUCCUUUUGGUUUAGUUACUUACAAAUUGCAAGGAGGUUUGUGGGGGAAUCGAGAAUCUUGUGACCAAGAACGGUUGAUUUACCUUCGAAGUGCAGCGGAUUCAUGGCUUAAACAGCUUAAUGUUCAUGAUCACCAUGACUAUAGCUUCUUCUCUAAGAACAGUAAAUGACAAAACUCUGUUUUUUGCUCUGUUUUUAGUUGUUUUCGCUGGUACAUAGCAACUCCCCAAUGUAGAGGUUUGUUUCCUUUCUGUUGAUGGAAAAUAAAGAAUCUGAGUUUACAGUGAUGAGGUAAAAAGCUUUUUGGUUUCCCUUUGUCUUGUCUCUUGUUCUUUUUUUCUUUUCUUUUCUAUGAAUCUGUUUUAUGUUCG